GCUCAGUGCGCGCUUACACCUUUUAUUGAUGCUGCAUAAUCAUGCUCAUUAUAGUUUUGUUUGUUAUCGUCGCGAUACUGAUUUACUAUCAGUUCUUUGAACCGUUCACUUAUUGGAGGAAGAGAGGCGUUCCUCAUGAAAAACCCACGUUCCUCUUUGGAAACCUGGCACCGGUGAUCUUGCAGCAGAUGUCAAUGGCAGAUGCCUCCCUCUUGACCUAUCAACAGUUCAAGAAUGAAAGGUACAUUGGGGUCUACUACUUCCUGAAACCAGGCCUAGUCCUGCGCGACCCAGAACUGAUCAAGCUGAUCUUCGUGAAGGAAUUUGAAACCUUCCCGGAGCACAACACCUUCACGUCAGUCGAAGCCGAUCCAAUCUGGUCGAAUUCGCUCUUUGCAAUGCCAGGUGGGCAGCACUGGAGGGAUAUGAGGGCGAUCUUAAGUCCCACAUUCACAAGCAGCAAACUGCGUCAGAUGUUCUGCUUGAUCGACCAAUGCACGAAGCAAUUCAUCGAACACCUGGUCGCGCAAGGCGGCUUCGUCGAAAUGGAAAUGAAAGACGCAUUUUCAAAGGUGACGAACGACAUUAUUGCGACGACUGCUUUCGGAGUUACAUGCGAUUCACUUACAAACCCGACAAAUGAACUUUUUCGCAACGGAAAAGAAGUCAGUAACUUCAGCGGGUUCGCGAAUAGCCUCAAAUUCUUUAUCAGCAAUAUCAGCCCGAGUCUGGCUAAGCUUAUGAAGAUUCGCUUUAUAAGCGCGCCGACCACGGAAUUUUUUAGGCGUAUUGUCAAGGAAACCGUGACCUUAAGGGAAGAAAAGGGGGUGGUCCGACCGGACUUAAUUCACCUUCUCAUGGAAGCGCGAAAGGGAAAAUUAAAGCGCGACCAUAGCCCUGAUAACCAAAUCGCUGCGGUUUCCGAGCACUUUGAGGUUACCGACGAUAUCAUGACCGCCCAAGCGGUGGUCUUCUUCAUGGCCGGCUUUGAUACCUCUUCCACAGCUAUGUCGUAUACGACGUACGAGCUUGCGUUAAACUACGACAUUCAGCAGCGCCUCAUCGAUGAGGUUGAUCGCACUUUUGAGGCGUGUGACGGGAAAUUAACGUACGAUCUGCUGAUGGGCAUGAAGUACCUGGACAUGGUGAUCUCAGAAGCCCUGCGCAAGUGGCCUCCGUUUGCUAUCACCGACAGGUGCCCUGUUCGCCCAUUUACACUGCCUUCCACCAACGGCGAGAAACCCCUUCUACUCGACCGACAUGUCGUUUGCCAAAUACCGAUCUACGCAAUACAUCGCGAUGAGACUUACUACCCUGAACCCGUAAAGUUUGAUCCAGAACGUUUCAGCGAGGAGAACAAACACAAGAUCAAACCCUUCACUUAUUUACCGUUCGGUGUCGGACCACGAAACUGUAUAGGAUCAAGAUUUGCACUUCUCGAAGUCAAAAUAAUUAUAGCGCACAUUUUAAGAAAGUUUGAAAUUGUUCCGAUAAAGAACACUCCGAUUCCUCUAACGUUUAGUAAAGACAAUGUUAACCCUGUGUCCGAUAAGGGGUAUUGGGUGGGUUUAAAGCCUCGAAUGUGAUAUUUUUAGUACCAAAUGUAGGAUUUUAGUCAUUUAAUAUGUUAUCGCACAGUAUUCUUUAAAUAAAUAAUGCACAUUUUAUUUUGGA